UCGCGCGGCGUUGCCGCUCUCGGUGUAUUAUUGUUAGGUUAUAUUUUGUGUAACCGAAAGUUAAAGAUCGUUUAUGAAUUUGGUGAUAAUGUACAUACGAUAAAAAUCAGGAAACAUGGAAUACAUACUAAAAACGAUAUCUUUUAUAUUCGUUCUUAGUAUAAUAACCAACUGUUGUGAAAGUGCAAAAAUAAACACGCCAAGGGUCCUUCUUCCAUGGUUUGAGAAUAUAAACGUUAAUUUUACUUUCGAAAUCAUAGAAGGUGGUUGCUAUACAUGGAGUCUGUCUCGCGAUGACAUCAUAGACCUCGAGCCUCUUUACGAAGAUACUUGGGGUCAUUGUUCGCGAGCUGCUCGAGUCUCGGUAUCCAAAUCGUGCGUGCCACCCGGGUCUGUCAUCAUCUUGGCGGAGGAAGUCAACACUGGCGAGAUAUUAAGAGGAGAUGUAAACAUUGACAAAAUCAGUUCCCUCAAGGUCAUGAGCACAACAUGGAAGCUUUAUCUGGAAGAGGCUCCUGAGGCAUUUGAAGUUUUUGCUUAUGAUGAACUAGGAAACAAGUUUUCAACUUUGGAAGGGCUGAGUUUCAAAUGGUCCAUUGAAAAUGUAGGCAGCACUGUUGGUGAAGACAAAUUAGUCAACUUGGUCCGAUGGCGUGAUACGGACUAUGAAGCACCUCAAGGUAUAACAGAGAUAGAAGCUGUAGGACUUCGUUCCUACUCCGUCCUGCUUUACGGCCAAGCGAUGGGUGAAUGCCUCGUGACUGUAUGCCUUGAUAAGAUCUGUACUGACUUCAGACUGCAUGUAGUGGCCAGUGUUGUUCUUACUCCUGCUACUGCUAUAGUGACCCUGGGCGAUAUCCUCAGAUACAAGGUUGUAAGAGCUCGAGCAGGUCGUCUCACAAUACAGGAUAUUUCUGAGACCCUAUAUUAUUUGACAGUUCCUGACAUCAGUAUAGCCAAAUUAGAAGACGGCAUCAGUUUAGUCCGGGCCAACGAACUAGGCGUUACAACUGUACAUCUUCUAUCUGGAUCCACUGAAGUAGCCACAGCAACUUUGACAGUAGCAGAAUCACACAGUAUAAAAGUUUCAAUCAGACCUUCAAAAGUGGUUAUUAGUGGAGAGCCAUUUAUAAUUCACUGUAUACUUUUGGAUGAACAUGGCCAUGCUAUAACAGCUGGGCAAGAAGUGUUGAUAAAAUUGACAGUUGUUGGGGAAGCUAAUAUUGAUUUACUGAAAGCUACACAAAAUGGAACAAUAACUGAUGCCGUUGCCCAAAACGCUGGACAGUUUACGGUCACAGCGACUCUUCAUUCCGUUGCUGGGAAGUUGUUAAUGCGAAAGGUUGAAGGGAAGGCGUCGGCAACGGCGAUUGAUCCAUUGGAGAUUGUUCCGCCUGAAAUUUACGUCGCUUGGACCGAUAGUAUUCAAGAAGUACAACUGCAGCACCGUGGAGGGGGCGAGGAGCCGGUAGUGUGGUCGGAAGUGGAGACCACGACUCAGGGGGACCUCACGCUGACUGACUCGGGCAAAGUCAAAGUCAUGGGACUUGGAGAGAUGGCGGUGAGGGUGCAGUUGAAGAACUACCCGCAUGUACGCGCUGUCGGGAAAGUGUACUCGACAGUUCCGGAACUAGUGCAGGUGUCGAGCACGGGGCGCGCGCGCGUGGGGCGCCCCCACCACCUGCACGUAGCCCUGACUGCGGCGCAUCCCGCCACAGGACAGUUGUAUAACUACCACGUUUGUAACUGUGCGUCCUUUGCUGUCUCAUUGUUGGAAGGACCGGAACCACAUAACGUGACUUCUGCAACUUGGAUUGAGCCUGAAGAGGGCGCGUGCUGCGUGCUGGAGUGCUUGUGGCGGUCGCGCGGCGUGGCGGCGCUGCGCGUGGCGCGCGGCCGCGUCGGGGACUCCCCGCGCGUGGCCGUGCGAGCCGCGCCCGCGCUGCUGUGGCCCCCGGAGAACGCCGCCGCCUUCGUCGGGGCCACUUUACCAGUGAUAGCCGAAGGAGAGUCACUGUCCCCUCAAUCAGCGGAUCCAAGAAUAGCUGAGCUGACCACUCGUCGCGGAGUACCACCCAAUAGACAUCCUGAAGCGCAACUGUUUACAUUGUCUUGUCGUAGGAAAGGUGAAUCGCGGCUACAACUGACGUCACACGUGGAAGACGAACAGGAAACAGUGGAUUUGGAAGCCGCGUGCGCUCCGCACGUGUCGCGGCUGCGGCUGGAGCCCCCCGACAGCGUCGGGAACUGCUCCGCCGGACCCAGAAUUUGGCUUCGUCCAGGCAGCGAAGUGACUUUGAAAGUGACUCUAUUUGACGCAGUUGGCAGAGAGCUAUUGGACGAGACGGGGCCCAGAGUGUCGUGGGAAACUGAACCUUACCACGUCGGCAUAGAGUACAAAUCUCAUGACCGACUUUUUGUUGAGACUCACCCAGAUUUCAUACCAGUGCCCGUUCCGUACAAAUAUUACCAGGUGGUAAUGGCGGACGAGCAAGCUAUAGGUUGGAGCGGGUCAAUUCGCGCUAACAUUCCAGAAACCACCGCCAGCAUUCAAGCCCGCGUGGUGGCGCCGCUCAAGUGUGACCCCGUCAAAGUGAACAUGGCAUGGGAAGGCGAAACUAUUGGUAACAUUGCUCGCGUAUCCGGCGGUAGUGGAAAAUACGCCGUGGAGGCUCCUAAAGGUGUCUCGGGCAAUGUCGAUGGGGCCCUUGUCACGCUGAGCGCCCCGGGCCCGGGCGCAUACGAUCUCAUCGUCACAGAUCUGUGCAUGCAGGGAGAGAAGCAACUUGUUGAGGUGGUGAUAGAAGAAGUGGUAUCAGUGGAGGUGAGAACGGCGCGCGCGCUGGGCGUGGGCGCGUGCGCGGAGCUGAGCGCGACGGCGCGCGGACGCUCGCAGCGCGCGCUGCGCGCCGAGCGCGGCCCGCGCUGGAGCGUGGUCGGCGCUGCGCUGCUCCGCGCCGGCGCGCUGUGCGGGGCUGCUGAGGGGCUCGCCACGCUCAGGGCUUCUAUCGCCGGCGUCUCCAGCUCGGACUUGGAGGUUGUGGUAUUCCCGCCACUGGAAAUAGUCCCGGGCAAGUCGCGCCUGGCGGUGGGGGGAACACUGCAGCUGCGGCACCGCGGGGGCCCCCCACCUCACCUCGCCAAACUCACAUAUCGCUCGGCUGCCAGCCAAUAUGUCGAGGUCUCGCCAAGCGGAAUCGUGCAUGGAUUAGCGAAAGGCGUCGCUAAGAUCAAACUGACUGCUACUGACAUCACUGGUGCGGAGAUGGCUUCUGCGGAUGCUGAGUUGGAGGUAGUGCCAAUAUCCGGUGUUCGUGUAUCAGCAGCGACGCAGACAUUACUAGUGGGGUCCCCCGGGCCCGUGUGGGUGUCCGCGGAGCGCGACGGACUGGGGCCCAGCGCGCUGGCGGCGCUGCAGCCGCCGCCUCGGGUGCUGUGGACCCUGCGGGACCCUACCGCUGCGAGGCUGUACUCUACUCACGUUGAUGAUAUGCUAGAAAGGCAGACAGCUGAAGGUCUGUCAGUACGCGUGGUACCGCUGAAACCCGGCGUUAUUACUGUGGACGUGCGAGUCAGGAAUAUGGCGCAGCUAUCAGACACCCUAUCUUGGGACAGUACAAUUGAGAUUCUUGGUAUAUCGGACAUCCGAACGUCUGUCGAUGGAAUCGGCGUGAUAUCAACCGGCCAACGAUUGGCCGUGGCCGUCGGAGCCGUAGUCAAGUUGAAGUCUAUACCCAGCGCGACAUAUAAAGCGUUCCAAGAUGGCGCCUUCGAAGUGACAGCUGAUGGGGAGCUGAAAGGAAUCAAGCCCGGGCAUGGAAUGGUCGUCGUGAGCCAUAAGGAUGAAAGGAAUAACAUCUACAGGGAGAGUGCGAUUCAUGUCGAAGUAGCAACGCCCCACUACUGCACCGCGGAGCCUUCGGAAAAUGAGUCGUCAGUUCGUGUAGCUCUGCGUUCCGCCGUGGGGCGCCACCUGCUGGGCCCGCAAGCCAACGUCUCCAUAUCCUCUCCGAGUUACAGCGGCGUUACCAGUGCAUACGGCAAUGAGUUGACGAUAUCAGGUUUGGAGUCCUCCGGAGCCUUCCUGAGCUUUGAGUCCUCCAUCGGAGGGGUCGCCGUCCGCGACGACGUGUGGGUCACGGGACCUGACUCCCGCGCUGAUAGGAUAUUUGCCACGGGGUCGUGGGGUAUAUGCCUGGAGGGCGUGGGCUGGCGCAGCGACGCGCGAGUGUCGCUGUUCGCAGGCAGCGACGUGACGCUGGCACUGCUGACGCAAGCGGCCGCCGCGCGCCUGCUGCUGCGUCUCGACCGUCCUGCGGCCUCUCUCAUCGUGCACCAGCUGCCCAUACACAAGUUUGAAUUCGCACAAGGCGAAUGGCCCUCGGCAAUGGUUCCUCUCCGAAUAGAAGCUGUGGGUCUAACUUCUGGACCACUUUUGUGCACUGAAGACCAGAAAUACGCUUUGGAGGGCGUGCAGUUGGAGUUGCCAUUUAUUUGUCGAACGAAAACCCCGCAUACGGCCAACGCUGUCUUGGAUAUUAUCAAAGGUGAAUUGGGCUGUUCAAUAGUCCCCGCACACGCGAUAACGGAGGCGUCGGAGGUGGAGCUGUGCGCGGAGUGGGCCGCGGCCCGCAGCUGCACGCGCGUGUUGCUGUUGCCGCCCAUCGUGACGUCACACACGGCUGUCUCCUUGCUGCGGGUGCCCGCCGCCUUCACCGUCACUGGACACCCGCACGCCCUGAAACUAGUGAAAAUAACAUCCUCUCCUGGCGUGAAGAUAGAAACGCGGACUAGAGACGGAGAAAUCGAAGUUUUGGUCAAGAACGAAGCAUCGACUUGCGGUUUAGGAUACGUCAAUGUUAGGUCCAGACUUACCGCUCAAGACAUAAGGGUUGAGGUUGAAAGGGAAUGUGAUGUUGCGUGUGGGACGUUGCUUGGAGCCCUGUUCUCGCUCGUGAGGCCAUAUUUGACAACGCUAGUGACUGUCGUGGCGGUCGCUGCCGGCUACAUGUAUAUCCAAUCUCGAGUCCAGCAGAAAGGCCAGCUGCGGCUGCCCGCGGAGCCGCAGCAGACGUCUGUGUCGGCGGGCCCGGGCCCGCAGUCCCGCGCCCGCACGUGGUCCCGCAGCCCCUACGCGACGCGCGGGCCCUCGUCGCCCUCGUCGCCCUCGUCCUCGCCCUCCGCCCCCGUCUACGGCGACGCAAGCGUCUUACCAGACCAGAGCUUCUCCCCCAACUCCACGAGAAUGCAUUCCACCUUUUUUGGGUUAUAGUGCAGUGCAGUGCCAAGUGACCCAUUGUGUAUAGUUUGUUCGAUUGUGAUUCGUGGGUUGUAAUUUCGACAAAAAGUUGUGAUAACAUGUCUGUAAUAAUUAAAUUGACUGUUCGAAGAGUGUGAAAGAUUUAGUCACUUAUUGGAACAAUGAAUAUAAUUACUAUUGUUUAGAACUCUUCUAUAGUUGAUAUUGAUCAGUGACUAUAUAAAUUACCUAUUAUAGUAAUGUCACUCUUCGACAUUCUUUUGUAGUGAAUCUUAUGUUUGUUAAUUAAAAUUUAAACUAUUUGGUAAAUAUUUUCUGACUCAUGAAAAACAUAAAACAUAAUAGUAAGUUUGUUUUUUGAUAGGUCACUUUAGGACAUUGUUGAAUGAAAGGCAUUUGUUUUCAUUUCAUUUAAUAAUAAUAUUCGAUAACUAAUGACAUAACCCAUUAGAGGGAAAGAUGCAGUAUUGAUACUUAAAUAUAGGUAACAAUCUACCUCAGAUAUUGAUGAAUUAACAAGUUAUUUUCCUUUUUUUUACCAAAUAGUCAGGCCUUGGGGGUUAAUUAAACUUUCUAUCUAAGAAUGAAGAAUUAAAUGAAGAAACAUGAAAAAAAUCCUUACAUAUUUAGAACAAAGCCGCAUCUAUCUGUCUGUUCGCGAUAAACAGGACGGGCCGGUAGUUGUAAAUAAUUUUUAUUUAUAAGGCAUUUUUCUAUGUGUUUGUAUCAGUGUUUUUAUACUGCGACUAUACUACGCAGUAGUUGGAAUGUUGAAAACGUCUUAAAAACGCCAUAGACGGCCGCUUUUAAACUCUCGUGGGAACGCCAAAAUUUUGUUUGAUUAUUUGUAAUUUCAAUGCAAGUUAAAAUUGUUGUAGUACCAAAAUCUAUAUAUUUUAGUGCAUGUAGUGUUUUUUUAUAUAAUUUGUUAGCAUCGCUAUUGCAUAUAGAUGUAACAACCAGAUCUCAAAUAGCAGAUGGUGAUGUGAAGUAAUGUUUUGUUUAGCGUUUUUUUUAUUGUGCACUUUUGACUAUGUGUGUUGACUAUGGGAUUGUUAAGUUUGGAGUACUAAAGUGGAAUUAUUAAUUAAAAUCGUAUGUUGCAUUCUAAUCCUUACAUAUUAUAAAAAGCAGUCCCAUGUCGCGUCCGUCUGUCUGUAUGACCGCUAGAAACUAAAAAACUACCUGAAGAAUUUUUGUAUGAUUUUCACCAAUAGAUAUUGUGAUUCCUAAGGAAGGUUUAGGUGUAAAAUUUAUUAUGGUUUUACCCAAGCGAAGACUGGACGAGCCGCUAGUACAUGCUAAAAUAAUAUUGUUUUGCAGAUUUACAAGGUUUUUGCAAAUACAAUUAUGUUCUCUAAAAUAUUCGUGCUAGCAGUGAUUUCAAACUUUCAGUCAAAGUUUAUUUGGAUUGUGUAUGUGGAUAGAGAAAGCUAUUUGUAAUUUUUUUUAAAAUUAAUUUGGGUUGAGGGCCAUAGACGAGUUUGAAAGAUAAACUAAUAUAAUACAUAUGGAACAAUGGACAAGAUUGCUUUUUAUGCCUUCCUGUUUUAUGAAGUAAUAACAAAUCUUAUGAUACAAUCUUAAAACAUGUGGGUUAUUGUUUGUAAAUACUAGUGAGUACUUUUAUUGUUAGUGUCGAUUUGUACAUUCAUUCGUUAAUUGUUAAAGUGUGUGAUUUUCAGUUUCCCAUGUAAUAUACUUUAUUACUUUUUGUAUGUAGUUGUGGAAAAAUAAAAGUAUUUUUGAGAUA